GAAGAAAGUUCAUGCAAUUUACGUCAAGCAUCCUACUUAUUGGAAUGAUUCACUCCUUAAAUUUAACUUAACUUAACCGGCGAAAAUGUAUGAGAAGAAUUAUAAAUAUGGAAGAGGCUAAAGAGGUGUGUCAAGAUAAUAGUCUCUGCCUACCCUUAUGGAAUGAGGGUGUGAGACUUGAUUUAUAAAUGAGAAUUGAAACAUUUCAAACAGAGCUAGUUUAGUGCAAAAUAUCUUUAAUCACAAAAUAUGGAAGCGACCAAAAUAUUCACAAAAAUAAAAGAAAUUGGGCAUGUUCAUAGCAAACGCGAUGAAUUAAAUGAGUACUGUCUACAAAAUGUGCAGCAGAUAUUAGCAAAUCUGUCUCGUCGCGUAUUAAGCAGUGAUGGUGCUGAUAUACUGGAAUGUGUUUUAAAUGGAUUAUCUGAAAGUGAAUUAUCAAGUAGACAUAAAACUAAGAUUGUAGAUAUAGUAUUACAAGUGAUGAGAAAGGAAACAACAUCCAUAACUCAUUGCGGUGAUGUUAUAAGUAGACUGUGUUUGGAGCUCCCGAGAUUGCCAGUCAAUGAUUUGGUGAAGUGGUGUAAUGACAGUGUGCAGUCCAUCAUUGAAGAUAGUGAUGUCAAUAUGGUCUGGAGAGAUGUUUUACCCGAGUGUAUGUCUGUUGUAACAAUGCAGGAUAAGGUGAAGCACUGCAACACAGAGAUGGACAGUGUAGAGUACAAGCAACAGUGUGUGCACACAUUGUGUCAUUGUGAAUGGAAAGAGAGGCAGUUUGUCCAGCUCGCAGCUAUGUUCAAGGAUAUGCAUCUGUCACGAGAUGAUCACAAACUAGUUGUAAACAAGAUCUGUUCAUACAUUAUUGAUGUUCCCCCAGACAGUCUGCCACCAUUAGUGCAUCAGUUACUGAAGCUAUGCAAAUUAUAUGAUCUGGAAAUUGUGUUGGGUCACUUGAGCCAAUACUUUAGUAUGAGAUUGUACAGCAAGCUGGAGCCACCAGCACAAGACUCAGAGUCAACAACAAUGGAUAUAGAUGACAUAGUGCCCCACAGUCCGGCAGAGUUAAGCCGCUGCUUAUCCACAUGCAUAUACCAUAUAAGCCAAGGCGUCGCGGAGCCGGAGUUGGUCCGCAAACAUAUUAAGAUGUGGCCGAAAACGCAGCUACUGCGUACGCCUUUCGUUAUGGACGUGGCCCUCGCUUUGUCAGAUAAGGGGGCUGAUUUUAGAUCCGCUUGCUUGGAUGUAAUAAAAGCAGCCAUAGAGCAGCGAGAACUUGACGAGUUGAGAAGUAAGGAGUCAGCGUGGGUGCGCUCGGUGUUGCCGCCUGAUGUCGACGUCACCAGUGUAUUAAAGGUUCUUACUACUGAAAGUGCCAAUCAUCGUCAAUUAACAGUAAUCGGUCUCAUUAACCUGGCGUUUUCACUUCUGUCCGUGGCUCGAACGAAACCGGUGGCGCCCUCGUGCUGGUCUCACGGGAAACUCAUACUGGUCAGAUUGAGCAAGUCACAGCCUGAGACUGCGGCUCAUAUUCUGAGUCAGUUGGCGGACAAGCUGGCCGGGUACUGUUCGCAGCGACAGUAUGCAGAUUGCCUCUACGUGUUAUGCAAACUGACCCCAGUCUCGCUGGAGCGGUGUACCCAACUGAGCACGAUACUAGAGAACUGUCAGCCCUCGCCUGCAGACUACAAGGCCGCGGCGGCAGUACUAGACGCGGUGCAUCCACUCCUCAACUUCAGCACCAGGACACGAGACACCCUGGUCAUGGUGUGCCGUAAAGGAUUGCAUUCUAGGGACUCGGUGCACCGCUGCCUGGCGCUGAGCGGGUUCCUGUCGGUGCUGCGGCACGUGCGGCUGUCGCGCGGCUGCAGCCAGCCCGCCAGCGAGCUGUACAGCGCGCACUCCUACCUCACGCAGCUCACCGUCGACCUGCACGCCACGCAGCAGGGCACCGUUGUAACGUCACGUGUCCGCAACGAAGCGAUGUGCAUGGAAGUGUUAUCCAUACUGCGACGGUGUCUUGUGCAAGAUGCACUUGUUAAGGAGUUGUUGUAUACAAAUAUAUACGAGUGCACGAAAGAAAAGCCAGCACUUCACGAGCCGAUGUUGGAGCUUCUAUACGAACAUCUCAAUAAAUACGUGCCUGAAGACAGGACGGGACCUACCACCGGACCGCUGGACUUUGACAAAUGUGUGCAGAUUAAUGCUGUCACGGCUGUGUUAGUUGAACCAAUAUCAAGACUCCUGUACGCAACGGCACAGUUUUUGCAACCCAUGGAAGAAGAGGACCUUGAAGAUAUCCUCACUAGUGAGUCUUUAGAGCCGACAGGAGCGCAUCUAAAGAACAAACUCAAAACAAUAUUAGAACAGAUAUGCAGUAGCGAUCAGUUCGGAGAGAUUGAUUUGGAAAACCAAUCACUCACAGAUCUGACGCCAGAAUCUAAAGCGAAGAGUCUCAUAGUUCAGCAGACAUUACAAUGCUAUGAAACGUUAAUAGCGUACAAAAUUAUGCAGUGGAAUGCAAGCAGUGAUAAUGUGGCUAACUCAGUACAUAAACUUUAUAAAGGAUAUGAUCAACUCUUACAAAAAACAAAGGUUGUUCCGAAAUCUGUGAAGAAGCGCCGAAAAUCGCUCAACGAGACAGCAGAGACGUCGAAAUCGCAGAAGAGUCAGAAAACACAAAAACCGAACGGCAAAAGCCCGACCAAGCUUACCAAUUUGGUGAAAGAUAGGGCCGGACCGUUCAAACCGCUACCUUGCGUUUGGGACCUUAAGUUUUGCGUUCGGAUUAUAGAGCUAUUGUAUAGUGAAGAUGUAUCAUGGUCGUCGAUGGAACAACGUAACUCAAUACGUGGUCGCAAGGAAUUCCAGCAUUGGACGUUGCGAUGCGUGUUGUCGGUGUUGUCCAACGAACAUAUUGAGAAGCGGCUGGUCGCGUCGUACGUGGUGGAUUUGGCAAGGAUAUUGUACCACAGAUGUGUGUGCAGGUUUCAAAAUAUGUACGAUUUCGACGAACAAACUACGCUCAGUUGCAUCGAUGUUUUUCGCACCUGUCUCACUCUAUUGCUUUCGUCUACCUACUCUUUGAAGAUGGAGUUUUUCUUGCCUACUAUUACGGGGCUCUCGGAAUCCUCACCAUCAGAAGCCAUAGCUGCCAUACUGGAACAGAUCAGCUCAGCGCUGACGGAGACAGACGCCGGAGACGAGAGCGACGCGCCGGCCGAUAGAGUUGUAUCGGCACUUAUACAGACGGCUACUGUACUACUAAACGCACGUGUGCCGUGCUGUGCUCAACUUACCACUGUUAUAGUAAAACUCGAAGACUACAUACGCAGGACAAAGCAGGACAGUUUGUCGUUGAUCCCGGCGCUGUUGACGGCCGGCUGCAGGGACCAGCAGGAGUCGCAGCUGCUGGACGACUUGCUGUUGAAGUUCACCACUGCGUUGGGAUUGAUCGAUGAAGAAGGCACAACGAUAGAAGAGGAUUCAUCUACCUUCCCCACCAUCGAUUCUAGAACGGGGCACACUGUGCUCGCCCACGUGUGCUCACAUCUCGGCGACCGGUUCAAGUACGCAGAGCAUUUAUUGCACAGGGCGAGGGACCUCACUGCUGCCUUUGCAACCGCCACGAGGAAUAAUCAAAAUAGAAUUGAUAAAGAAGUGAAGGAGGUGUACAAGUCGCUGGUGAUCCAGCUGUGCCAGCUGUCGGGCUGGGUGUGCGGCGUGUGUCGCGUGCGCGUGUCGGCGGGCGGCGGCGGCGGCGGCGCGCUGGGCGCGUGCGUGCGGCUGUACGCGCUGCUCGCCGCGCUCGCCAGGCACCUGCAGCCGCGCACCGCCGCGCUCGUCAGAUUUGAGCGUCUGUUGAAACUUAGCGGUAAAAAACUGUCCUCAGUGACGGACAACUUAAUAACGUAUCUAGAAGCGUCGCAACAGCAACAGAAAGCGAGCAAAGUGCUGCGCGACACCAAGCUCAUACCGCGCCUGGUGUUAGAAGCAGAGCAAUUUAGCAAAAACGUCAUAUUGCUCGCCAAUAAAGGAAAGUUUAAUUGGCAACAAUAUUUAUCUCUGGGUACAGCGCGAGAUUUCAGAAUCAAAGGUCCCGUGUUACAAGAGGUACUAAACGCUAGGGAAGCAAGAAUAGAAGACGCCGACGAAACUAGAGAUGAAGAUGACCGUGAAGUCAACGAUCAAGUUGCGUUGUUAACUCCAAUACAAACGUUGCACGUCGGAGAAAAGGCCGGCGACAAACACAAAAGCAAGAAAAGAAGAAUCCAAUGAUUGGUUAUUUUCUAUUACCUACAAUAUAUAAUUAUUUGUUAA